AAAGGAAAAUAAGUGCCUCUGGGAAGUUAUAGAAGAAUCUGGUGUCAACAAUAUUGCAUCUGUUUUCUCAAUGAAGGCAAAGCAGCAGAGAUAUCUGGGUUAUUUAUUACACCUUUUGGAAAAACUUGAGAUAACGCAACGCCCACUUAUGGCUUUACAAACGAAGGAAAGACAAACAUUGAUGUGCACGCUGCAAUAAAAAGUAGAUGACUAGUUUAAUUGGACAAACAGUAGGUGAAGAGAUGUCACAGUGGAGCUGGAAGACAAAGAGAAAGAGAGUACAGAGGAAUGAGGUGAUUGUGAAAUGUGAAAAUAGAGCAGGAGGAAGGGACCAGUGACCAGUGUGAACAGUGUUGGACUUUGUUCUUCUCUGGUACGGCCGGUCGAAAGCUGAAUGAAUAUGUUACCCGGUCCACCAGUUUAUAAGUCAUCCCCUUAACCCUCACCGGAGAGGAAAGAGGGAGAGGAGGAACAGGGGAGAAGGGAUGACUGAGAAGGAAGGGUAGAACGAAGCAACAGGAGAACAAGCAGAGGAGCGAAAAGAACAAAAAGAAGCAACAAAGUAAAGUGGUGUGGUCCAGCUGCUGCAGGGAUGUGGAUGGAUACCAAAAUGGAGGUGGAAGAGGCCAGCAGGAGUCGUGCCAGCCUCAGUCGGCAUGUGUUUAACAUUCUGCUGUUGUGCACUGGGGACAUGGAGCACUUGGAUAAGUGCAUGCAGGACAAGUUGUUUGUGCUGCAGCUGGCGGUGUGGAGCCUGAGAGGGGUGACCAGGGUGAUUCUAGCCAACAACCCGCUGAGUGGUGCUCUCAUCCUGGCUGCACUGUACUGGGCGUCCCCUUGGCAGGGCCUCCUAGGAACUCUGGGUGUACUGGCCUCUACGCUAACAGCUGUUAUCACAGGACAAGACAGUGCUGAGGUAUCAGGAGGUCUCCAUGGUUUUAACGGCAUGUUGGUGUCUCUGCUGAUGGGAGUGUUCAGCUCGGCUGGAGACUGGUACUGGUGGCUGCUGCUGCCUGUCUGCUUGGGGUCAGCUACAUGUGUCUUUCUGUACAGUGGUCUCUCCUCCGUGUUGGACCGCUGGGACUUGCCUGUUACUGUAUUUCCCUUCAACAUCACUAUUGUCCUCUACCUCCUUUGUACCGGCCCACACAACCCCUAUUUCCCGCACCACCUAGCUAAGCCAGCGAGGGCGUUGGAGCCCAAUGGAACCGAGCUCAUUGCAGCUGAGGUAAUGCAUGGCAUCCUUCUUGGUGUGGGUCAGAUCUUUGCCUGUGGAGCUCUGGGGCCCUCCCUCCUCAUCCUGGGAGCAGUUCUGCUCUACUCCCCCCUGCUGGCCGUCCAUGCUCUGCUGGGAUCAGCGGUUGGAACGUUGGCUGGUUUAUCCAUGGCGGUGCGUCAUGAUUCUCUGUACUCAGGUCUGUCGGGGUUUAAUGGAGCUCUGGGCUGCAUGGCUGUUGGAGGACUCUUCUUCACCUUCAGCUGGAGGAUCCACAUCUUUGCCAUCACCACCGCCUUCCUCUCUGCAUAUGCUGACAUCGCUCUGAGCAAUCUGUUGGGAACUGUUGGUCUCCCAGCAUGCAGUUGGGCAGCUACUCUGACAGCCACGCUGAUGUUGCUGCUGACCGGCAGUUUAGCAAUAUACCGCAUCCCUAUUUGUCAGGUCAGGGCGCCUGAACACAACCUGCGCUCCUGCAGCCAAUGGGAAGCUGGGAACACCAAAGAAAGGGAGAGCACUGACGUGUAACUCUGGGACACACACACACACACAGAAUACUGUAUCAAUACUUUGAACUGCUGUGUUGGAUGGGCUGGACUAAACAUAAAUCCAUUUUUAUUAUAAACAUUUUAUAAAUAGAUGGUUAGAUCUACACUCCCAUUUCACCAUAGGCGUACAAGUAAAAAAGUAGAUUUAACACUCCAUGUUUUGUCCACAAGAUGGCAAUGUAUGUUCAGCAAUCAAAUGUUGAAAAUGUUUAUGAAGUAUCACAAAGUUGCUUAUAAACCUCUGUAUUCAAAUACGACCAUUUCUAUUAAAUGUAUAAAAUAUUCAACCAAGUUUUGUCCAUGGCUUUGCCACCUGUGUUUCUGUCCUGUGCAUCUGUUUUUACGGACAAAGACACGUAAAAACAAAAACAAAGAAACAGCCAAUUUAAAGGGAAAGAAAACUUCUUUUAAUAGGCAUGAAAUCAACAAAUUAGUUUAAUAAAACCAUUCGUUGUUAAAAUGACAGUUUAACUGUUAUCGUCAAUAAAAACACAGACUGAAUUCAAUGGUAAUUGUUUUUUAUCCCCUUCAUUACCCUGCAUAGACAUACUACAUAGCACUGCACUGGAACUCAUUGUAAAAACAGACUGUACAUGUACCUCAAUACAGGCAGACAGUGAAACAAUGAAUACACACAGACAACAGGUAAUGUGUUUCUGAAAUGGUCAGCUGCUUAGACCAGGAAGUUCAAGGCAAUUGAAUCUUGAAUUAUUAUAGUUAUUAUUACUAUUAUGUUUAGCAGUGGUUUAUUAUUAGACAGUGCUUUAUGUUGCCUGUGUCAAUUUUUUUAUGUAUACUUCCCACCUAUAUUCCCAAACACACACAUGUCCACAUUCACACACAUACUACACCCCAGUCUAAUGUUAAAAAAAAUAUAUUAAAAGAUUAUUGAAAACAUAAUUUUCUUUUUUCCAUACAGGACGGAUGAGGUGACAUUCUGCCACAAACAAUGAUGUCUUUUCUAAAAUGUUUCUUAACAUCAUGCAUUUCUAUCUCAGUGCUUUCAGGAUUUUUUGUCUACAUAAUUGUUUGGGACUAAAUUCUUUUAUCAUGAACUACCUCACAGACAAUGGUGAUGAGGUUAGUGACAAGAAGAAACAUACAAAAGUGCCUCCCAGACUGUGAUUGAUUAAGCAUAAUAAGAAAAAAAAGAAAAAGUAGAAAUAUAAAUACUUGCACAAACAGUACUUGUGUCUUUUAAGCUGCAUUACAAAAAAAUGAACAUUCGUAGUUCUACGUACUUUCAGUUGAAGAUUUGAUUGCGAGUGCUGUUGUGCUUCUUUUAGCAUGACUGUGUGUGUGUGUGUGUCUGCUUGUAUGCUUGUGUUCAUUAUGGUUCAGAGUAAAGGCAGAAUGACAGUUGUCUUAAUUGGUAUGUUUGCACACACUCUGUCACACACACACACACACACACACACACACACACACACACACACACACACACACACAUACCAUGUGCAAAGUA